UAGGGUUUUUGUGGAGGUUUUGAAAGCUACAAUGUCGGACGAGCACAAACACGAGGAAUCAAUCAUGGAGAAGAUCGCUGAGAAGAUCCAUGGUCACGACGCUUCUUCCUCUUCAGAUUCAGAUGACGAGAAGAAAGAAUCGUCUAUUAAGACGAAGAUAUACCGCCUUUUCGGAAGAGAAAUGCCUGUUCACAAGGUCUUCGGUGGCGGAAAACCUGCUGACAUAUUCCUAUGGAGGAACAAGAAGGUAUCAGGAGGAGUCUUGGGUGCUGCAACACUCUCCUGGAUCUUAUUCGAGUUGCUUCAGUACAACCUCCUCACUCUUUUUGGCCACGUGUCGAUUCUUGUUCUUGCUGUUUUGUUCUUGUGGUCUAGUGCUACUACCUUCAUUCACAAGACACCUCCUCAUAUCCCUGAAGUUCACAUUCCCGAGGAAGUUGUUCUCCAGCUUGCUUCUGGACUAAGGAUUGAAAUCAAUCGUGGUUUUACUAUUCUUAGGAACAUUGCAUUAGGAAGAGAUCUCAAGAAAUUCCUUAUGGUUGUUGCUGGUUUGUGGGUUUUGUCCAAACUUGGUAGCUCAUGCAACUUCUUGACCUUGAUCUAUAUCGCAACUGUUCUUCUCUUCACUGUUCCUGUGCUCUAUGAGAAGUAUGAAGAUAAAGUAGAUGACUUUGGUGAAAAGGCAAUGAAGGAGAUCAAGAAGCAGUACGCGGUGCUGGAUGAGAAGGUUUUGAGCAAGGUGAUGAGCAAAAUCCCUAGAGGAGCCAAGAAGGAUUAGAAGACUGUGUAAGUUUCUCUCAUUAUCAUCAUCAUCUGAGUCUUCCAGAUUGAUAUAUAAAUCUUGAAGCAUUGUUUUUGACUUAUUAUUGGAAGCUGUCUUGGUUAAAUAACCCCUUUACUCUCUAUCUGUGGAUCUUAUUCGGGGUUUUAACCAAACUUUACACAACAUAUGCAUUAAUGAACUCUAUUAUUGUUGAUUUUAUUACGGAACUAAUAUCGUCUUCGUUAUGAUGGUCAAAUCUUUGAAUUUUGAAUGUUGCAAAUUUAAAUUGCUUCUUUCUGCCACUGAUGUUUCUCACUGUAUCCUAUCAUUCGUAUAUAUAUUUGCACACAAGUUCAGAUUUCCGAAGUCUCUCAAGAUAGCUUUGCAAAGAUUCUUUCCUAAUAUGUUUCCGAUGAUGAUGGUUUGAGACCGGUUAAUCAGUUUCAGUUUUAUUUGUAGUCUAUCAUUUUCUGGUGGACCAAUACCGUUCAUAUCUGGAGUUGUAUUGUAUUAUUUGGGAGAAGUUUAUUCAAUGAAAAUACACAAUAUUGUUUACCAAUUAGGGUCCGAUUAGUUUCAUCUUAACCGGUAAUAAAUGUACCCAUCGAACUGAACCAGUUAAUGUACUAAAGAAAGAGAGGAGCUUAGAGAUCAUAGAGAAGAAUGAAUCGAGCCGAUGUUGUGAUUU